ACGCAACAUGGACAUCAUGAAGAACAACAUGGAGGUCCUGAUCAAGCGCAGCAACCGCACCCGGGCCCAGAAUGUUCCUCCUUCAGCAAGUGUGUACCUGAAAAACCCUGUGGGACUGGGAGACCCCAAUUUGCUCAUCUGCUUUGUGGACCAGUUCUCACCCCCAGUGCUGAACAUCACCUGGCUGAAGAACGGAGAGGAGGUUUCCGAGGGUGUGACGGAGACAGACUUCUACCCCAGCACAGAAGCCACCUUCCGCAAGUUCUCCUACAUGACCUUCAUCCCAGAGCACGGGGAUUUCUACAUCUGCAAAGUGGACCACUGGGGCCUGAGCCAGAGUCUGACCAAGCUCUGGCAUGCCAAGGAGCCGGCUUUCAUCCCGGAGAUGAAAGAGAACGUGGUGUGUGGUCUGGGCUUGGCCACUGGCAUCCUGGGCAUCAUCAUUGGCACCAUCCUUUUCUUCAAGGCUAGGAGGAUCGAUUGUGGCAACCAGCACAGAGGACCCCUGUGA